AUGGGGUUGGGAAUGAAAAAUGUAAUGGUCCCGGUUAUUGAUAUGAAAAAGUUUCCUAUAGAAACAGAGAACAUGUUGGAUGCAUGUAAAGAAUGGGGUUGUUUCAGAUUGAUCAACCACAAAAUUUCGUCCGAGUUAAUGAGGGAAAUGAAGGUUGUGUCUCGAUCACUCCUCGAUCUUCCCAUGGAGAUCAAGGAGAGAAAUGUUAACCCCGUGGGGCGCCAUGGCUACACGGCACCCCGCCAAGUCACACCUGUUUUCGAGGCUUUGGCAUGCCAUGACAUGGCUGCCCCUCAUUCUCUUCCAACUUUCUAUGAUCAACUUGGUGCCACUCCUCAACAAAGGGACAUAAUCUCGAAAUAUUCCGAAGCCAUACAUGAGCUUUCGAUGGAGUUAGCCCGUAAAUUAGCACAAGGGUUGGGUUUGGACCUCAAAGAAAAUGAUAUUUUUAAUGGCUGGCCUUGUCUGUUGAGAAUUAACAAGUACAACUACACGCCAGAAUAUAUUGGCUCAACCGGAGUUUACCUCCACACUGAUCCCGGUUUCAUCACUAUCGUACAAGACGAUGAAGCUGUCGGUGGGCUUGAGAUUUUACACAAGGAAACCGGUCAGUACUCUUACGUAGACCCUAUGCCCGAUUCCUUAGUCGUCAACCUCGGAGAUCUUGCAAUGUUAUGGAGCAAUGGGAGGCUAUGGAAUGCAAGGCAUAGAGUACAAUGCUAUGAAGGAACGGCUAGGGUUUCAAUCGUGUUGUUUAUGUUUGGGCCGAACGAUGAAGAAUUAUUUGCACCAGAAGAGUUUAUCGACUCGGAACAUCCCCGAUUAUACAAAGCCAUUAAAGCAGAUGAUUAUUGGUCACUUCGGAUUGCUAACCGCUCUGCAACCGGAGCUGUCGAUCUACUACACCUCAAAGAUUAA